AUGGCUCUCGCUCAGAAGUCCGCUGCCGCUUGCAGCAGGGUCGCUGCCCGCUCCAUGGGCGCGGCCAGGCCCGUUCUGCCGGCCGUUUCCAAGCCUGCCGUGAGGACUGCUCGCAAGGCCGCCCCGGCCAGCCGUGCGGCGACCGUGACCAAGGCGCUGCCCAUGGAGGUGGCGAUGGUUGCGGGCGAGGGUGCCUUCAUUGGCGGCGUGGCCCUCACCAUGACCGCCAUCACCCUCGUGGGCCUGGCGAUCGGCUUCGUGCUCCUGCGCGUGGAGUCGCUGGCUGAGGAGGGCAAGUGA